CAUACGGGCGCCAAACACAAACGCCGACCACCCAAGGCCUACCACGCGGCCGGCCUGAAAAUCGCUCCGCAAAACUCCGAAGCCUGGUGGGAACUAGACUGGCUCACUCCAGAACCCCUACAAAAACAGACCCAACAAUCUGAAGAAAUGGGGAAAAAAUCCCACAAAUCCCAAGCAGCCACCUCACAAGACAUGCAAGACAUUGGAAUGCUGCUACAACGCACACCAAAGCCCAGGGAGCAGGAUCAAGCUGAAACAGGGGCACAGGACCUUAAAGAGACAGGAGGG